GUGAUAUACACCGUGUCCAAUCUGAAAUUGACCCUACUGGCGUAUCACAGCUUUACUCAAAUGGACCCUAAUGACGUAUCUCACCUUUUCUGAAAUGACCUUAAUACGGUAGUUAUCGCACGUGAAAGGGUACCCCUUAUUGGGUUUUUGUGCGAGCACUCUACUAGAGCUAGAUGAGUUUGUGUUGUUAAUGUGAUCACUCGAUAUUCACUCGACAUGGGGAAGUUACAGGUAUUUGAAGUUCUUCUGGCUGGCAACCAAGAAGUCUAUAAGCCAGGAGAUGUUGUACAAGGAGAAGCAAGGAUAGUUGUAUCAGAAGAUAAGGGAGAUAUUCGUGGCAUUCAAAUAAAAUGCGUUGGUAAGUCCUACACAAAUUGGGCAGAGUCCGAGGGGAGUGGAAACAACUCACGUAAUGUGAGAUACACCACCACUUACGAAUACUUCAGACAGGAGAUCACUGUGCAAGGUGCAGGAGCGAAUAACACUACUGCAGACCGAAUCAAACUGACUGCCGGGGAGCAUCGCUUUCCCUUCAAGUUCCAGAUCCCAAAUAUUUCUCUGCCUCCGCCGUUUGAAGCUUCUUACGGGUAUGUAAGGUACUACGUCAAGAUAAACAUUGAUCGACCGUGGAAAUUUGACCAUCACACUCAGAGGCUAUUCAGUAUCUUCACUGUGAAGGAUUUGAACUACGAGUUUAAUGUACUGGUUCCUCAGCGUCACCAAGUCGAGAAGACAGUAUGCUGUCUUUGCUGCGCUUCAGGACCCAUUGUUCUAAAAGGAAUGAUUGACAAGAGUGGAUAUGCACCAGGAGAAUACAUAUUUAUUUCAUUGGAUCUUCAUAACAACAGUUCUAGGAGGAUCAUUGACAUCACUGCAAAACUGCAACAGAGAGGACAUUUCACUGCCCAACGUGGCGGCACCGGCACAACUCACACCAGACAGGCAGUCAAGACAGUGGCUGAACUGAAGCUAGCUGGCUGCGAAGCCAUGGGGUCGGUGAACUACGACAGGUUGCAGAUGUUGAUCCCUCCUAUCCCUCCCUGCGCUUACGAAAACUGCCCAAACAUUCAAGUAGAGUAUUAUGUUGAGAUUGAGGGAGAUGUUGCAGGAACACCUAAGGAUGCUGAAGUGAAGCUUCCACUUGUGAUUGGCACAAUUCCAGCCUUCCAGCACACCAUAAAGGAUCCUUCUCAAAACCCUUAUGUGGUGCAACCCAUCGCAGGCCAACCUGGGGCACCCCCAGGAGGGCAGCCAGGAUUCCCUCCACAGGGGCAACAGGGAUACCCUCCACAAGGGCAACAGGGCUAUCCCCCAUCAGGAGGAGUGUCUGGUGAAGAGGGUUUGCCCCCAUCUCCAACAUAUACAGCUGCUGUUGGAGGGCCACAGGAGGUUUCAGGCAAGAAAGGUACUUUUGGCAAAAUCUUUUAUGCACCGCAGUACCCCUACUACGAUCCAGACACGCUGUAUGCCUCCAUUGGUAUUCCAGUGGGAGCGACCGCUUCAUCAGCAGGCGGAGGGCAACCACCCCCAACAGUUAUGCAGCCAAUGAGCAUUCAGCAGCCACCCCAGCAGACCUAACCAGCCUGUGGGCAUUCAGCAACCAUUCAACAAGUCUUUAUUAAACACCAGGCAUUGAGUAAUGGUCUUGUAGAAAUACUCGCCCAUUGGGCAUUUAGUAAACACCCUGCCAUUCCUAACUAGCCUUUUCGACAUACUGCAACAAGCUUACAAAUAUUUUUAAGACAAUGAACUUUCAGCAAUAGUCCUACAAUGCCAAUCAGCCGAUGAGAAUUCAGCAACCACCCUGCAACUGCUAACUAGCCAAUGGACAUUCAGCAACUGCCGUACCACUCCUCACCAGCUAAUAAACAUUCACUGACAGCAACACCAUUCCUAGCCGGUCAGUGAGCAUUCAGCUAGUUCUGUAAAAUACCAAACCAGCCCAGACCAGACCCCACACUCCAUGUAAUUCUGCAAAAUUUUCCAGGAAGACCGACCCAUCUUAUCCAGAAAUGAAGGGCAACCACCACCAACGAUCAUUAGCCAACAACCAUUCAGCAAUUGAAUGACCAAUCAUCAUGCAUUCAACAACUACCCUGCAGCCCCUAACCACCCACCAUGCAUUUAGCAACUUUCCUGUAGCAACCGUCUUAAAGAACUCUAGACGAUUCGUCAUGCAUUCAGUAACUGUCCUGCAACCUCCCCAAACUAUCCGCUAGGCAUUUGAGUUUAUUUUCAACAAAAAAAGUUUAUCUCUUUGUUGGGCUUUGGUUGACCAAUGGAACAAAUAAGGACGGCCUCAAUUGACUUUUAUCACACACACACACACACGCACACAGUGCUCCUGGAUACCAUACUCCAAACAAUGUGGUUUUCAUCCAUGAAACAGAAAGAGUUUAGCAUACAUUGUAAAAGUAGGUGGCAAAUAAUCUACAAGUAUAUCUCUAUUAAAGCGGGACAGCACUACUUGCGCCCUCUAUAUAGCAAACAAUGCCUAAGCGGUACCCGUUGGUCCCCCAUGAUCCCGCUUUUCUUAUGUUAAGUGAGAGCUGAUUUGAUGAGAUAAUCACCUGUCAGUGACCAUGCAGGGAGGGCUAAUCCCUCCUGGCCAAACUAGUGCAGACGGGCCUUAAACAGCAGAUGAUGAUAGAAUGUAUUACUGAGAUAAUUUGAGGUGGAAACGAUUAUGACUUCUCUGGUGAGCCUUUCUUCCAAUUAUAGCCAUGAUGCAUAUAGCAGGUACUGUACUUGCUGCUAGAAAUCAGGGUUUUCUUAUGUUAAGUGAGAGCUGAUUUGAUGAGAUAAUCACCUGUCAGUGACCAUGCAGGGAGGGCUAAUCCCUCCUGGCCAAACUAGUGCAGACGGGCCUUAAACAGCAGAUGAUGAUAGAAUGUAUUACUGAGAUAAUUUGAGGUGGAAACGAUUAUGACUUCUCUGGUGAGCCUAUCUUCCAAUUACAGCCAUGAUGCAUAUAGCAGGUACUAAAAUUGCUGCUAGAAAUCAGGGUUUACAUGGGCAUGUAAUUUGUUUAGAGUUUCUUCAACUUUGAUUCUUAACAGAUAAUAGUUUGCAUUAUUCGAUUACAUUAGCAUUUUGAUCAAUGUACAAACAAAAUAUAUAAAAAAAAGUUUGACAUGCAAAAGGAACAUGGUAUUUGAUAUCUUGUUUCUAAAAAGAUAAUGAUGUUACUUGUAGUAACACUAUCAAGAAACUUGUUGAUCAUCAAAAGAGGCAUGUAUGUAUAAAAGCUGAAAGAGGAAUUCAGAGUAUGACAAAUGUAAGUGUAUUUACAUAUACAUGUAUUUAUAUUAUAGUACGAGGUCGAAAGACUGCAAGCUGAGUUGAUGAAAAGAGGUUUUAUGUACAAUUCAUUAAAUAUUUUAAAAUUUGAACUAUAAUGCUGAUUUCUUAUUUAAUGUUACAUUUAGUAUGUCAUAAAGCUGAAAUAUAAUGUUGAACUGAAAGAGCUGACUUUUAAGAGAUAGAGUAAAAAAACCAAAAUAUGAAGCUGAACUUUUAGGAUAAGUUUUAUAUGUACAAUAUGUACAAUUAUUCUUGUAGUAAGAAUUGUUAUAUUUAAAAUGUUAUGCUGAACUACAGUUUAAAAGAAAUAAUUUGUGUGUUGUCAGGUAUGAUGACAGUGUGAGCUUUACAUGAUAUACAAGUUUUUAUAAUAUAUCAGGGUUAACCAAUGAUACUUAAGAUUAAGCCAUCCAUUCAAUUAUUCACCAAAUUUGACUGAUGACACCAAGAGCUUUCAGAUACUACAAAACAGUACUUUGGUCUGGGUCACGUCUGUAUGUUUUUGCUGUUGUCUUUUGUACUUUGUUUAUUGUUUUUUCAUUGUAAUUAUUAUUGUUUGUUCUUCGUCAACUCCAAGGACAUACAAACGUUAAUUAUAAUGUUACAAUUUAAAAAUGUGACAAAUUAUUUGUAUCUUUGGAUAUAUGUCCAGGAUAAUAAUAUAUAUAUAUCUGUAAAGCGCUUUGAGAGGGUCUUCAGUCUUAAAAGCGCGACAUAAGAACUAGCUAAUAUUAUUAUUAUUAUUAUGUCUAUCCCACCACCAAUCAUAUAUGUUUUUUUCUUUUGUCUUUAUUCAAUAUAGUUCUAAUAAAUUACCUCAUCUUGAUGAAUAUUAAUUUAAAAUGCGAUAUAUUCUUUUCUUGAUAGUUUAGUAAUUAUUCUGUGUUUUUAUACCACUGUUCUGGGUGUGAACUUAUUGUAUGACUCAUUAUUUCCAUCUUUGGAUAUAUAUAUGCUUAUCCCAUCAGCAUCAUGCUUUCCCCCUUCCUUUCUCUUGUGUUCAAUUUAGAUGUACUUGUACUGGCUUGCUUGACCUUGAUGUAUGUUAUUUCAAGAUAUGAUAUUAUUUUCUUGAUAGAUUAGUCAUUAUUCUAUGUUUUAAUGAAGUAUUGUAUCGUUAAUGUGAGAUGAUGAGGUAGAUCAAAAACAUGUUCAUAUUGUGAAUCUUUAUAAAAGGAUAAAUUGUUUUCAAUCUUUUUUUCCAAAAAGUUUCAGAGAAGAUCAUCAGUGACAAAACCUUCAGAAUAGGUAUCUUGUAGAUAGUCAUGCUUUACUAGUCAUUUACGUGAACACUCUUUCUUAUAUAUUGAUUGUGAAUGUAAAGUUUUUACUUGUGAUUUUACAUUGCCUUAUCUUGAAUUUAAUGUCCAAGAGUGGAAUCAUUGAUUGUUGUUCAAUUGAUUUAUAGCAAGUUUUACUUUUGUACUUACUGAUAAUUGAUCUGAAUCUUAACUCAUUAACUGCCCUACUUUGCACAAAAUGGUAAUGAUAUGUAACGUACGUUUUUAUUUCUUUUAAAAGGGACUGCUGAUUUGACAUAAGUAUUGCAGGUUUAUUUACAACAGAGAGAUAUCAUAUAAUUAUAUAGAAAGAGUGAGAGAGAGGGAAAGAGAGAGGGAGAGAGAGAGAAAGAGGGAGAGAGGGGGUAGAAAUAUGUACAUACCGGUACAUGUCUAUGUUCAUGUACAUCAUUCGUCGGAAGCUGCAUUUCUUUAUUUAUUAGUUAUUUGUCAUUAGUGUAUUGUAGUGUUACACGGUUUGCAUCCUGUAUAUUGAGUAACAAUUAUGGAGUCGUCUUACCCGCAUUUAUCUCAUUACUAUUUAAUUCAUGUGCGAUCUAUGAUACCAAAUAUAUUACCCUAAUGCUCGGUGUACCUACAUAAGUAUUUAUGUUGUAUAACAGAGUCCAGAAGCCAAUAAAUAGUAACAAGAAUGAUACUAUUUUGAACUGUUUGUUCAAUGAUUAUUGUUCAUUUCCUUUAUAUGAUUCAAUUAAAUUGGUAAAUACAUGUGCAUUCCAUUGUGAAAAUCUUCAGAUUGUGUACAUGUACAUUAAGAAUUGAAGUACGUCAUGUUUGAGUUAGAAUUUGAGUUUGAAGUUUAUUAUCCAAACAAAAGUACACUAUAUAACAAUCAAAUGUGAAUAGUUAAAAUUUAAAGGAUACAGGUCGAGACCUACCUUUGAUUGAAUAUUUGUAAAAUAGAAAGCUUUUGCUAGCUGUGUUGAGAUUUUACCACUUUCAACUGUGUGAAGGUAUGAUGCUGCCAAAUGUUGUAGUUUUUCCCUUAUAAUUUUGUGCAGUUUCUUGCUGAAAAAAAUGGGUAUUUUUGCAAUUUGUGAAAGAUUUUGGAUGUUGGAUUUUGUUUCCAUUAUUAUCAUUGAUGUAAAACAGUGUUAAUGUUUUUGAAACCUUAGGUUUAGGAACCUUUGGGGUUGAUGUAUACACUGGAUAGAAAAAGCUAUAGUUGUAAUUAUACCUUGUUAUAAUGAUUGACGAUCGAGUUCAAUACAUCUGAUUUGGAACAUUAUUCACUGUGUUAAAUUUCUUUAUUGAAGUAGUUAAGAUUGCUUACAUCUGUUUUUUAUCUCUAGGUCUCUAUUAAAUUGAUAGUAGUAAGAAAA